AUGAUGCUUCGAGGAGAUUGCCCUUUUCCUGUACAUGCUGCCAUUUUUUUCCUCCCAGUUUGCUUACUUUCUAAGGAAGUUUCCAUAAUGGUAUCGAUGGAGGAAUUAUCUUACAUCCAAAUCCUCACUAAUGUGGAGAAGAUGGAGCUUGUCUUUGAGAUCACCCAUAACAUGUAUCAAGCCCCUUUUCUGUUUUCUCUAGUCGCUGCUGGUCGAGGAGACAUCUUGGAUGCUGUAAAUCCCUACAAGGAAAAGGACACAUGGAAAGGGAAGUGUGAACCUAUAGAGAAUAUGUGCUUCACUUUUCAUAAGUAG